AUCGAUCAUGUGUACUUUCAGCAAAUACUGCCACAGAAAGAGUAUCCAGAGCUAAAAAGUUCUGUUCUCCUGCAGUCUUUCACGAAGAAUGAGAUCAAUUCACUGGUCGAGCUAAACAUCGAGAAAGGAGAAAAUUUCCUGGAAGGACUAUUGAUGAAUGGAUGGCUAUUGAACAUUGUACGUGCAUCAAGUCGUGUCGAAAAAUCUAUUGCCUCGUGGACAUUUAACUUAAUGUUAUAUUCAUCAAAGGUAGGGUUGACGGAAGCUGCCUGUGAGUUUUGGUGCGCUAUUCUCUCAUUCAAAAACAAGGCUGAUUCCUCUAGCAUCAAAAUUGACUGGUUACCUAGAUAUUCCGAUCUAAAAAGAGCUCUUCUGGCAUAUGGUUUUCUUCUGGACUCGCCUUCGAAGCUUUCAUCAGAUAUUGAUAUGGUUAAUGCUGAUUCGGAUACAGCAGGACCACCACAAAACAUCCGAUCUUGGAUUAAAUUUGCAGGUGUCUGCUGCCGUACGAGGGAUGCAAAUAUAAUUCUCUCGACUAAAGAAGCAGAAGAAUUACUAGUUAUAAUAAUAUCUCUCUUUCUAGAUCGACAACUACUCGGUCUGUCUAUGGUUCUGAACGAGGGCAUGCUUUCGGUAAUAAAUUUCUUCAGAGAUGAAGAAUGGCCUGACAGCUCUAUCGAAGUAGCAAAAUCUCUUGCUGACAGAUUGCCUUGCAACAUUAAUUGCUUGAGAGUGGUCGAGAGUAUUGUUGGAAUUGAUGGACGAAGUAAGCAGCUUAGGAGUGCAGUGGCAUUCCAAUUUCUGAUAAAAUUGUUGGGCAAAAAGGUAAUUACACUUGAUGUAUUUUGUUUUUUCUAAUAAUUAAUUU